AUGAGCGCGGUCCUCGCCGUCGUGGACAUCAGCUUCGCGCUUCACACCCUGUGCGUCGGGAUCAAAAGCAGAAUCGACGCGGCGAAAGCGCUGCCGCAGACGGCCAACCGAUGUUCGCGUCUCGUGGACCAGAUCGACGGCAUGAUCGACGGCUGCAACGUCGAAGACAAGCGCACGCGCGUGAUUCUGGACAACAUCAAGAAAGCCAUGGAGGAGCUCGACGCGCUGCUCGUGAAGAUCAACAAAAAGAUCGGCGACGUCGAGGCCAACUCGAGCGGGUGCUGCGUCUGCCUGAGGCUCGCGAGCAAAGGCAAGGACGCGCUCGCGGCGGAGGACGAGCUCGAGCGGACGGAGAGCGAACUUCGAGCGCACGUCGACGCCCUCGUGAACGCUUCGCUGAUUCACAAGCACGCGUCGCGGACGUCCAACAAGCUCUCGCAAGCGGACGCGCGGCGGUUCUGGGACGAAUACUUUGGCGAGGAGAGGGAGGUGUCCGUGGAAAACCUCGCGGAGGCGCUGCGUCACGAGUGUGCAGUCGCCGGCGCGGGCGUGGACGCGGAGACGUGCGCCGCCGUCUGCCGACACUGCUUCGGCGCGGGCGGGGGAUCCGUCACCGUGCUCUCCUUCGGCGACGUCUUCAACCUCGCGUCGAUACAGGACACAAUGAAGUCGCUCGCGAAGCGCGCGAAGGCGGCGCAGCGGCUGUUCACCAUCCAGGUGUACGACUACGCGACGAAGCGGCCGGAUGAAAACGUCGACGCCGGGUUCAUGAUGUGCCGCGCGACGGACUCGCUGAAGGUGCUGCGCGCGCUCGUGUGCGGCCACGCGCUGUCUUUAGGCGACGAGGAAAGCACGGACGACGACGAGUUCGAGUUCGAGGGCGACGAGAUCGACGAGGGAGCGACGCGAUCGGACGCGGCCCCCCCCGCCGCGAGGGCGAAGGGGAAAAAGCCCGCGGUGACCGCGGAUCAGCUCGAAGCGAUUCCGCCGGAGUUUCACUUCCUCGCGCGCGGGGAGUUCACGUUCUUCCUGGACGAGUGCAAAACGCGCGUGCUCAGAAAGCAAGAGAAGGAUCUCGCCGGGGCGGAGUACCUCGACCGCGUGGUCCUCGUGCGCGAUGCGGAUCUUCCCGAGUCGAUGCGACCGGUGAAGAAAGCGAAGAGCGGAAGACGGUCGACGAACGCGUCCGCGGACGCGCCCGGGUCGGACGCGGGCGACACCGCGUUCGAGACACACUCGCAGGGAACCGCGCCGUCGGAGAAGGACGAGGAAGACACGAACGUGAACGCGGACGACGUCGCGGAGUUUAUCAUGCGUAAAUCCGCCGAGGCGGCGAUGGAGGCGCAGUGCACCGACGUCGUCACCGCGAUUCGCGUCCCCGCCGUGCUCCAAGGGCUACGAGCCGCGGCGCUGAAAGCUGGCGUUCCCGAGGAAGCCGUCACGUUCGUCGUCGAGAUCGACCAGCUUCGCGCCGCGGCGGAGGCUAUCGCUCCGACGUCCGCGGGCGCGCUCUCGAUGCCGAGACUGCGGCUCGUGAAGGCGUCAGCCUCGAACGUCAUCGAGCGCUUCAUGUCGCCGUCGUCGAGGUUCGAGCUUCCGAUAAAAUCAGACGUUCGAAAGGAAACUUACGACACCGUCGCGAAAGUCGCGGCGGAGGCUGAGGCGGAAGAUCCAAAGCCAGGGUUGGAUCAGGCGAUGCUAGAGGCCUUCGUCGUGCCGUUUAACGACGUCGUCGCCGCGCUGGCUCCCGCGCUCGCGAUUCUGCGCUCGAAAUCGGAGCGCGUGAACAAGGUCGUGAAGGCGACGAACGGGAAACAACACAAAGUCGUCGUCCUCGGCGGCGGCUUCGCGGGCUCGCUGGUGUCGUACAACCUCGACAACGACCCCGAGAAACGAUUCCACGUCACGCUCGUGGACCCGAAGCACUACUUCGAAGACGUUACCGCGCAGCCGAUGUUACUCUGCGACCCGGGCGCCGACGCCGCCGACGCCGACGGACGUUUCAAGAAAUCCACCGUCCCGUACGGCAAGGUUCUGAAACACGGCAAGCACGUCACCGGGCUGGUCGCGUCCGUGUCCACGACGCACGUGGAGGUUGGCCCCGAGCGGUUCGUGCUCCCGUUCGACUCGCUCGUGAUCGCCACGGGGUCGUCGUACAGCAGCGACAUCAAAGUCGUAAACCCGAGCGCGGAGUACAGAUACCGGCAGCUCAGCGCGGAACGUGCCGUGAUGGCGCAGUGCGACGUCGUGCUCGUGAUCGGGGGCGGUCUCGUCGGCGUGGAGAUCGCCGGGAACGUCGCGGAGACCAUCAUGGCGGGGAAGGAAGGGAAGAAGGUCAUUCUCAUUCAAGCCGGUCCCUACCUGUUGCCGCGGGUGAAGAACGCGCACGAUAAGGUUCUCGCGUACCUCACGUCCUUGGGCGUGGACGUCCGUCUCAACGAGCGCGUCGUCGACUUCGACGACAUGUCGCGCCUGUACACGACGAACAAAGGCAACGUCAUCGUCGCCGGGAAGGUGUACAGAUGCACCGGGGCGAAACCGAACACGGAUUUCUUGAAGGAUCCCAACACGCACGCCUCCAUCUCGAACGCGGUGAACGACCGGGGGUUCGUGAACGUCGACAAGCACUGUCGUCUCGUCGGAUGCGAUAACGUGUACGCCGGCGGCGAUAUCUUGUGCGACGAGAUGUUCAGUCGCACGGGAGAGCACGUGGUGACGGGGGAGAGGCUUCCGGAGCGCAUCGGCAUCGCCGCCGAGCUCCACGCGUUGAUCAUCUCCAAUAACAUCAAACGGACCCUCGAAGGAGAGACGCGGCUCGCGGGUUGCGACCCGAGCAAAGACGUGUUCGGGCAGUACUGCAUGAUAAGCCUCGGGAAGACGAAGGGCUUGGUCGUCAUGAACGGCGAGCUGGAUAAGAUAUUCGAAGGGAUGGGGUUCGCGUCCGGCGCGGACAACGCGGAGCUCAUGAGAGACGGGUGCGGUCUCUCCGCGGCGACGCCCGGGUUCAAAGAUUUAGUGACGGGCUUGAUCACGGCGGGGUUGACCACGGACGAAGGGCACGCGGGGCUUUCGGGCUUCUCCGAGGGGAACGGGAUGUACGACGACCCUCUGAAGGUUGCCCCCGACGCGGGAGGAGGGAACGGCGACGCCCCGGCUCCGUGA